AUGUUGUCAAGAAAAUGGAUGUAUAAUCGAAAUCUGCCUGGACGAAAAGGAUUGACUGAUGAAUUUAUUGCUGGGGUGGAUGAAUUCAUCCAAUUUGCAGUUAGUCAAGAUGACUCUUACAAAAAUGGGGAGAAUAUUCGGUGCCCUUGUUUUAAGUGCAAAAACACACGAUUUCUGGCUCCAGAUGAUGUAGUUUUGCAUUUAUAUCGCCGUGGGUUUAAACAAUGUUAUUGGAACUGGACUUGUCAUGGGGAAGAAUUAUUCCCAAUUAAUGAGGAGCUAAAUGAGAAUCGUGACCAAAGUGUAGAACAUGUGGCAAACUGGGGUGAAUAUGAGCAAAUGACUUGGGACCAAAGAAUGGUGUAUGAUUGUUUGCGUUCUCGUGUUCCGAUAUGGCCACCAUCUCAUUGUAAUGAUGAAGCUGGUCCAAGUGUGCAACCACCAUUAGAUGAGCCAACUUCUGGAUGUGAGAAUCACUCCCAGUUGUCUUUCGUUGCUAGGAUGUUAUCUAUCAAGUCUGAUGCUAACAUGUCUGAGGCUGAUUUCAAUUCCAUGAUUACCGCAAUUAAAGAAGUUCUUCGUCCAGAUAAUACAAUGCCAACUGAUUAUUACCAUCAUAGGAAAACUAUGAAUGAACUUGGUUUGCCUGUGGUUAAAAUAGAUGCUUGCAAAAAUGGUUGCAUGUUGUAUUGGAAACAUGAUGCUACGGAAGUCUCUUGCAAAUUUUGUGAUGAGCCGAGGUACAAGCAAGUCAAGGGUCGACGUAGGCUACCUAAUGAUCACGCUCAUAAAAAGAUUGCACAAGCAAUACUGAGAUACUUGCCAUUAACUCCAAGAUUACAGAGGUUGUAUGCUUCUAAUGCUACAGCAACGCAUAUGACCUGGCAUGCCACUCAUGAAAGAAACGAGGGAGUAAUGCAACAUCCAUCUGAUGCCGAGGCAUGGAAACAUUUUGAUAGAACUUAUCUUGAUUUUGCCCAGGAACCUCGUAAUAUUCGUUUGGGUUUAUGUGCUGAUGGCUUUGCACCGCAUGGACAAUUUGGGAGGACUUAUUCAUGUUGGCCAGUGGUUGUGACUCCUUAUAACCUUCCACCAGGCAUGUGCAUGAAAAGGCCUUAUAUGUUCUUAACUCUAAUUUGUCCCGGGCCUAAGAACCCGAAGAAGAACAUAGAUGUUUUUCUACAACCUUUAAUUGAUGAGCUGAAUAAUUUAUGGGUUUCUGGUGAAAUGACGUAUGAUAUUUCCAAAAGUGAAUAUUUUCGCAUGAGGGCUGCACUUUUGUGGACAAUUAAUGAUUUUCCUGCGUACGGGAUGCUAUCUGGGUGGAGUACUGCCGGGGUUUUAGGAUGUCCAAUAUGUAUGGAGAGCUCCAAUGCUUUUCAUCUACAACAUGGUCGGAAGGCAAGCUAUUUUGAUUGUCAUCGAAAGUUCUUACCAAAAAAUCAUUCGUACCGUAAGGACAAAAAGUCUUUCAUUCGAGGUCGUGUGGAAAAAAAUGGUGCACCACCAAAAUUGUCGGGGGAUGAAAUUCUUAAUCGAGUUAUGAUGUUCCCAACAGCAGUGGAGGACCCAAUUAACACUCCCCCAGGGUAUGGAGCAGAUCAUAAAUGGACAAAAAGAAGCAUUUUUUGGGAUCUUCCUUAUUGGAAAACCAAUUUGAUCCGACACAAUCUUGAUGUGAUGCACAUCGAGAAAAAUGUUUUUGAUAAUGUGUUUUUCACUGUGAUGGAUGUGAAAGGGAAGAGCAAGGAUAACAUUAACAGGCUGAUUCCGAUUGCUUUUAGGGAAUUGCUACCAUCGUUCAUUUGGAAUCCAUUAACAGAAUUAAGCUUAUUAUUCCAGUGUAUAUGUUCUGUUGUGCUUGACAUUGGCAAACUUAUUGAUUUAGAAGAAAAGGUUGCAGUGAUUUUAUGUAACUUGGAAAAGAUUUUCCCACCGGCAUUUUUUGAUUCUAUGGAGCAUCUUGUUGUUCAUUUGCCCUAUGAGGCUAGAAUUGGAGGCCCUGUUCAAUAUAGAUGGAUGUAUCCUUUUGAGAGGUUUCUUCUAGAACUAAAGAAAACUUUAAAGAGUAAAGCACAUGUUGAGGGUUCAAUCUGUCAAGCAUAUAUUGCACAGGAAAUCAACAUUUUUGCAGAGCAUUACUUUGAACCUCACAUAUCAUGUAGGAGGAGGAGAUUGCGACGAAAUGAUGAGGGUGUGAGUAAUGACAUUUUCCCACCUUUCUCCAUAUUCAAUUACAUUGGUCGAGCUCAAGGUCGUCCAAAGAUCAGGUGGCUAUCGGAAAAUGAGCUACAUGUAGCGCAUACGUACAUAUUGCGAAAUUGCCCGGAAGUACAUCCAUAUUACAAGAUAUUUGUCAAUUAUCUACAAGGUAACCCCGCUGAUGCUAUUGAUAAGGCGAUUGACAAGCAUUUUGCAAAGUGGUUUGAAAGUUUUGUUGCAAAUGAGAUCAAUCAAGUCACAGAUCCUCUCUUGCAGAGCUUGGCUUGGGGUCCAUCUAAGAAAGCAACAACAUGGCCAGGAUAUUUUAUUAAUGGUUAUAACUUUCAUACUGUCACACAUGGCAUGGAGAAGGCCACCAUGAAUAGUGGUGUUUGUGUACAAGGGACCAAUGCUGAUGAUUCAUCUACUGAUUUCUAUGGUUUACUUGAAGAUAUAGUCCAACUUGAGUAUCAUGGUAGUAGAUGGAAUCAUGUCGUUCUUUUUGAGUGUACAUGGUUUGACCCAAUAAAUGGCACUAAAGUUCAUCCUAUAUAUAAGUUGGUUGAUAUUAAUCGGAAAAGGAUUUAUCCAAAGUAUGAUCCAUUUGUGUUGGCACAACAAGCUAUUCAAGUGAACUACAUUGACUACCCAAGUACAAAAAAGGAUAAGGUUGAUUGGUUGGUACGUGUCCAAGACUAA